AUGCCGCGAGCAGCGAGCCGCCGCCCCGGGCCGCCCGCGGGACAGGUGGCCGCCGCGUCCGGGCCCCUGCUGCUGCUGCUGCUCGCCUGUUGCGCGGGCACCUGCCUUGGUGCUCCAAUAUUAUCUCAAGGACUACGGCCUGAACAAGAACUACAGCUGUGGAAUGAGAUAGAUGAUGCCUGUUCGUCUUUCCUGUCCCUUGAUUCUCAGCCUCAGGCAUCCAAUGCACUGGAGGAGCUUUGCAUCACAAUUAGGAGGACUCUACCAAAGCCCCAGGAAGAAUUCCAAGGUCCUAUUGCAAGCCAAGUUCGGAGACAGUUUUUAUUCAGGCCACGCAAUGGAAGAAGGUCAGAAGGUUACAUUUAAAAUGGACCAACAAUUUUCCACAGAAGCAGCAAAAUGUUGACAUUUUGUUUUCUUCUCAAAAACAAUCCUUGCUAAACUUACUGUAUUUGAC